AUGCCCGCCUCCCUGGGCACCGCGGAGACGACGACGACGAGUAGUAAACGACGCGCAGCGGCCCGAAGAAUCCUACUCCUUCUUCUUCUCUCCGUCGUUUCGUGCUUCUCCGUCGUUCAAUUUUAUCCAAUUUUGACAUCUUCGUCUUCUAUGAUUACGAUGAUGAAAGGGGUUCCUCCUGGUGUUUCUUUGAGCGACAAGGAAUACGAAUCAAACGACGAAACGAUGACGAUCGGUUCUUCUGCAUCCCCGUUGGCAUCCAGCGAAACGCGCGUGAAAAAUGUCGCCGGAAAUCCAAAACUGUCCAGCGAAUUACACCAAAGCGGAGAAGGAGGAGGAACGUGUUCGGCGAAAAACGCAAACAACGGGAAAUCCGCGCGUGCGUUUCACGGGGUGGUUUCUCCGUUUUGCCGGAACAUGGCGACGAGUGAAAUCGAGGACGAUCCGUGGAUGACGGUGGAUGCGGUGUAUGGGAGCGAAGAGGGAUUUGUCGAUGAUGGAUGGCAGCAUUCGAUAUAUUCGAUCGAGGUAUGGGUUGGAUUGAGAAAAUGUGACUCGAUACAAUUCGCGGAGAACGAACCGUGCGAAUGGAUGAGGAUUACGGACGAGAAGCCAAUGGUGGUGGAGUUAGUGUUUGAUGACGAUGAGAACAACAGAGAAGAGGACGACGUCAACGUCUCGCCGGAAGAAACGAAGAAGAUUUUCACCGACGACGGACGAUUGGCGUAUACGUGGGACAACGUUCAGAUGUAUAAGAACAAAAACAAGGAGGGUAGCAGUGGUAGUAGCAGUUCUAAGAAUAGACGAACAACACACAAACAGCGGCGCAUCAUCAAAGGCGUCAGGAUCUCGUUACCAGGGAAACAGAGACAGUUGAGCGUCCAAGAGGUGAAGAUUUGGGCGAGGAUAGAAGAAGAGCAAAAAGCAAACGCGUGCGUAAACGACAGGAUAGGCGACGAUUGCGCCACGGAUUUGACCCUAGAUUGGGCGUACCUCCCGCAAAACUUUCGCUUCGCUCGAGAAAAUUGGAACCGGACGAUGUACAAAAGUUUAGAAAAGUCGAUCGAGGAGACGCAAUCGUCGAAGUGUAACGCGCCCAGAGCGGCGAGCACGGACUCCUACAACAUUGGCAUGGGAGGCAAAGGCGCCGGGCUCGCCUCCACCAUUCAUUUCUUAUCCGGCUAUUUAUCCGACGCACAUCUUCAAAACAAACCCUGGGUCUUUGCCGGUCGAUUGAACUACGCGUAUAAUCGAAAUUGCGCCAAAUCGAAACUUACCGGGGACGUCGAGUGCUACUUUAAACCGUACAGCGCGUGCGAUAAAAUCAAACAAACGGCGUUUGCGAAAUGGAAACCGUACCCGGCCAAAACCAAUCGAUGCACGAUGCCACGAAAUAGAUGUCGCGAUUUGGCACCUUGGAAGCGAGUUCCAACGAGCGUAGCGAAUUAUUAUUCGCGAGCUCCGUCGUCAUCGUUGUCGUCGUCGUCAUCAUCUGGGUCGAUGUUGCAAUAUAACAAAGGUUUAUUUUUCUUUCGAUCGGCGAUUGUCGCUCGGAUGAUGCGAUUGAAUCAAAAAACAAUCGAAGAACUCAGUUUGCACCGAGUGAAAGAAAGCAUAGGGUUUAAGCAUCCAAUCAUUGGCGUGCACGUGCGAAGAGGCGACGCGUGUCACACGACUGGUAGGAAAAACAGGUGUCGAUCGUUCGAGGAGACGUAUUUGCCUCACAUUAGAACGCUAUCGGAAAAAUACGGCGUCAAUCGAGUCUUCUUGGCGACGGACGACGACGCGUUGUUGCGAAAAGUGAAGAGCUCUCCGGCGGCGAACGAGUUUGAGUUUGUGAACGUCAAAAUGGAUCGGUCGAUAUACAAAGCGUCGAAACUCAUCGAACGGAGGACGGAGUUGUACACGGAAAAAUCGAACGUCGCGCACGAGAUGACUUUGCAAGCGCUGACGGAUAUAUUCUUGUUGGCCGAAGCGGACGCGUUUAUCGGGCACUUUCUGUCCAAUUUGAGUCGAUUGGCGAUUGAGUUAAGCGCGGCGGAGAAAGGGUUUGUGCCGCCGUUCGUCAGCGUGGACGGGCAGUGGUGCAGGCAUUGGAAGUUUUGCCGAUGA